AUGACGACACCCAACAUCGAGCGGCCGGAGCCGACGUACGAUAUGGACAGUAACUUGCCCUACCACAACCAGCGAUCGUCAGACGAAGACGGCACAGUUGUGGGGGACGAACAUCAUCACCAUCCAUUGCGCGUGGACACUGCGGCACGGCCACUGCACAACAGAUCGCGAUCCGGAACACAUCUCACCGUCGAAACCGCACAUGAUAUACAAUCACCAUCGCAAACGCGGGAGCAGGCGAGCAGGCUCAACGAUGACCUUGCUGUGCUGGCUAUCGAGCAGGGUCUGGACGAGAAGGAGGCUCUUCGACGUAAUGCCUCGAUGAACCCAUCUCUAUCGCGCGUACGAUCUCGUAGGGAAGAACUCAUAGACGACUUCGAUGCAGCGACAAACCCAUUGCACGAGCAGGCCGCUCGUUAUACGCCACCAGAGAACCCAACUACAAGCUUCUCCAAGUUUUUCAAAAAAGUCCACAACUCCUCAUGGCUUGUUAGGUACUUUACGUACAUUACGCCCAUGGUGCUUCUGAUUCUCAUUCCAUUGUUUGUUGGAUUAUUUGCCUUCCCUGACGCUAAUGUUGGGGGUGUUGAGCUUGUUUGGUUUUCCAUAUGGCUCAUGAUCGUGUGGCUGACGCUGUGGGCUGGAAGAGUGCUCGCAAAACUCCUUCCGUGGCCUAUUGGCCUCGUUUCUAGUCUCUUCACCAACAACAGCAAGAAGUGGAGGGACAUGGGCAAGCAACUCGAACUUCCAGCUACCUUGUUUUUCUGGUGGUUGGCCAUCGAAGUGUCAUUCCUACCGACCAUGAAGAAUCACCACGUCAACGGUGAUAAGAACACGCGCGACUGGGAAGGCACCAUGAACAAGGUCCUUGUAGCUCUCUUUGUCGGAUUCGUCCUCAACUUCAUUGAGAAGAUCAUCAUCCAGCUUAUCGCCAUCAGCUUCCAUCUCCGAACUUACCAGGACAGGAUCGAGCUGAACAAGUUCCAGAUUGGAAGUCUGGCCAAGCUGUACAGGUUCUCCAAAGAGAAGAUUGCCAUGGAAGACUCGGAGUUUGAACAAGGUGACAACAAUGCUCCAUCUGGCGCACGCACUCCCGGCCAAGUGCUCACAGAGGCGCAAAAGAACAUCAAAGUCGGUUUCAACAAGUUUGGAGACAUUGCUGGCAAGGUCGCUGGAGAUUUCACAGGUCGUCAGGUUACCGGCAGCGGCCAUCCUCACCAGGUCGUUCUGCAACUCAUAAGUACUACUAGUGGUGCCCAGGUCCUGGCUCGUCGUCUCUACCGAACUUUUGCGCGACCUGAGACGGAGACUGUCCAUGCCGACGAUCUCAACAACGCCUUUGAUAGCGACGACGAAGCUACUGCCGCAUUCUCCAUGUUCGAUAAGGACAUGAAUGGUGACAUCUCCAUGGAGGAACUCGAGGCUGUUUGUGUCGAAAUUGGUCGUGAGCGCAAGUCCAUCACCGCCUCCCUGAAGGAUCUCGAUAGCGUCGUUUCCAAGCUCGACGAUGUCUUCAUGUUCAUUGUGUUAAUCAUCACAAUCAUUGUGUUCAUCUCGCUGAUUUCGACAUCCGCUGCCGGUGUGCUCACAUCCGCUGGUUCGACCCUCCUGGCUCUGUCCUGGCUCUUCUCCGCAACCGCCCAAGAGUUCCUCCAGUCUUGCAUCUUCGUUUUCGUCAAGCACCCAUACGAUGUUGGUGACCGUGUCACAGUCUACGGUAAUACCGGAGACCUAGGCCGAGGCGACGACUACUUUGUCAAAGAAAUCGCUCUCUUCUACACCGAGUUCAAGAAGAUGCAAGGUCACGUCGUCCAAGCGCCCAACAGCUAUCUCAACACGCUCUUCAUCCUCAACCACCGUCGUUCUGGUGCUCUCGCUGAAGCCAUCCCCAUUAUCAUAAAAUUCGGCACAACUCUCGAGCAAAUCGAAAGACUCCGCAAUGUCCUCCUCGAAUUUGUCACAGAGGAAAAGCGCGAAUACCAAACCAACAUCCUCACCGAACUACGCGCAGUCCAAGAAGUUCACUGGCUCGAACUAAAUGUCGUCUUCUUUUACAAGUCAAACUGGCAAAACGAACUCCUGCGUCUGCAGCGCCGCAACAAAUUCAUCUGUGCACUCACAAUGGCAAUCCAGGAAUGCGGAAUCGAAGGCCCACGCAUGCGCUACCCUGGUCAAAAGCAAUCUUUCCCCGUUUACCUGCAGAACUUGCAGAACCCGGCUACACCUGGUGUUGGCAUAAACGGCACGCCCGACAACCCCAACGGCAACAUCCACAACCAAGCCCAAGACCAACCUUUCGUCGCACCCGCAGAGGGAGCAGAGUCUGGUACCGCUGCCGCACCCGGCCGCAGCCGCACAGGCUCCAUCCUGCGCAAACCCGGUGCCCCAGAGUCCCUCGCCGCUAUGGGCCGUCGUGUCGACUUCUCCCUCGGCAUGAAGUCAAUGGGCCUUGACGACCCCAGCGGCGAUGUGCUCGACGACCGAGAAAACGAGUCUCGCGCCCGCGCAACCGUCGUACGUGUCACGUCCCCCUCGCGUUCCCAAGACCGCGCUCGCGCCUCCGAAGACAGUGCAUCCGCUCGUAGUACGGGUAUCCAACGCGUCAGCACAAACGCUUCCUCCGUCGCGCGCGAACGCACGCAUCGCAACCGCUUCUUCUCGCGCAACAGACAUGGGAAUGAUGAGGAGGCUGCCAUGGCUGAUAUACCCGAAGCGAGCGAUUACGACACGCCGCCUAAAAGGAAGAAUACGCUUGAUCCUCGGACUGGUGUGAUUAGUUCAAAGGCUGUGAGGAGUAGUCACGAUGAUGGCGAGGAGGGCCUGCCUAUUACGAGGAAUGCUAGUGUGGAUGUGCCGAGGAGUACGGGCGCACUCGCGCCUAGUACGGCGGAUAGUGAGAGGACUUUUGGUCAGCCAGUGAGGUCCAGGACGGAUGGGAUUGAGAUGAGGAGGUUUCACUAA